GAUCGAUUAGGGUUCCGAACUCUGAAGGGAGGGUGAGCCGCUCAGGCGUUCUUCUGAAGCUCCUCGUCGUCGUCAUCGUCGACCAUUGGCACAAGGGCAUUACGUCCUGAACUGUUUCAGAAAAAGGAAUGUUGGAGAAGGAGGGGCAUUCGAAAAUUAGCAAGUCUACUCAUCUACCUCGGAAGCGAUUCUACCGAGCACGAGCUCACAGUAAUCCACUGAGUGACUCUCAUUUCCCGGUCCCGAUUUCCCCUUCUCAUGUCGACUAUUCUGUUCACUUUCCUCAGCUUUUUUCAUCAUCGGAUGAAGGGGGUGAUUCCAAAAAAAUCGAGUUUGCGGAUGUUGGUUGCGGUUUUGGAGGGCUUCUAAUUAGUCUUUCCACCCUCUUCCCUGAGACUCUGAUGAUUGGGAUGGAAAUUAGGGAUAAGGUGACGGAGUACGUCAAGGAACGGAUCUUGGCCUUGAGGGUGGCAAACCCGGGUCAGUACCAGAAUGUGUCAGUGGUUCGGACUAAUUCUAUGAAAUACAUCCCGAAUUACUUUGGUAAAGGGCAGCUUUCGAAGAUGUUCUUCCUGUUCCCUGACCCUCACUUCAAAGAGAAGAACCAUCGUCGCAGGGUGAUUAGCACACACUUGCUAGAUGAGUAUGCAUAUGUUCUUGGUAUUGGUGGGAUUAUCUACACAAUUACAGAUGUGGAAGAGCUUGGAGAUUGGAUGAAGGAUUGUUUGGAGGGUCACCCUAUGUUUGAAGCCAUCACAGAGGCAGAACUUGAAGGAGAUCCAGUGGUAAAGCUCUUGAGUUCUGCUACAGAGGAAGGGCAAAAGGUUGCUAGGAAUGGGGGACAGACUUUCCAAGCGGUUUACAGGCGCAUUGCUCCAUCCCUAUGAUGCAGAAGGACACCAAAGAAUGUCAGAGCACUAUAGUUGUAUCGGCAUGUUUGUCUAAUUUUGCUGCUCCAAAAAGGCAAAAGCAAUUUUUCAAAGAGAUACUUCGCUUGUUUCUCAGUUUUCUUCUGUCAGAAGUAGUGUUAAUGUGGAUCGUAAACAGCAGUUUGGCUGCAUUUUACCAAUAUUAUAGAAGGAAAAGCCAUUACAGUUAA